ACACACACACACACACACACACACACCUCACUCUCAAUCCACAGCCAAUAAGGGCCGGAUGAGCUCAAGUAUCACUAUAACACAAGGACUUAUUCUCUGAGCGGAGCCUGCAGAUUCUUACAGACCUUCAUCUUCAUCGUCCAAGGAGCUUCUCUUCCUGAGUGUUCUCAUACUGAAGAAGUGAAGUGACCAUCCACCAAAUAUACAGAGUGCUGAAGUGCCGGUGUGAAGUCUGCUGUCACCAUGUCCGACACUGAGGAACUGGAUCAUGUAGAGGACGAGGAAGCCCAGGAGGAGGUAGUAGAAGUAGAAGUAGCCCCUGAGGCGGAGGCCCAGGUAGAAGCAGAGCCAGAGGUAGAGCCUGAACCAGAACCAGAGCCAGAGCCAGAGCCACAGGAGGUGGUGCAGCGAGGGGAAGAGGAAGACGCCUAUGAAGAGGAAGGGGACGAGGAUGAUCAAGAUGAGGAGAAGCCGAAGUUCAAAGCUCCUGCUCCAAAGAUCCCUGAUGGCGAGAAAGUGGACUUUGAUGACAUCCAUAAGAAACGUCAGAACAAAGACCUGUAUGAGCUGCAGUCGCUGAUCGACGCUCACUUCGAGUGCAGGAAGAAGGAGGAGGAGGAGCUCAUUGCGCUCAAAGACAGAAUUGAGAAGCGUCGCGCUGAGCGAGCCGAGCAGAAGAGGGUUCGCGAUGAGAAGGAUAAAGAGCGGCAGGCCAGGCGGGAGGCUGAGCGGCAGAAAAGGGAGGAUGCCGACGCCCACAGGAAGGCUGAGGAUGAAGCCAAGAAGAAGAUAGCGCUGAGCAACAUGGGAUCAGGCUACAGCAGCCAUCUGCAGAAGAUUGACCAGAAGAGAGGCAAGAAGCAGACUGAAAGAGAAAAGAAGAAGAAGAUCAUGGCAGAGAGAUGCAAACCGCUGAAGGUUGACGAUUUCAGCGAGGAUAAACUGAGGGAAAAGGCAAAGGAGCUGUGGGAGUGGCUGCACAACCUUGAGGCGAUUAAAUACGACCACUGCGAGAGUCUCAAGAGACAGAGAUAUGAGGUAAUCUCUCUCAGAAACCGCAUCGAUGAGCUGCAGAAACACAGCAAGAAGGGAGCCGCCUCGCGUCGCAGGAAGUGAGCGGCUGAGUGACGGUCAGCCCCGACAGGAGGCACCUCUACUCGGGUACCAGCGCCUCAGACCCCCCCUGCCCAUAGACACCCGGAGCUCCGGAACAACUGGAUGUCUUAUGUCUGAUUGAGUCAAAUCUUUUUUCUGGAUGAAUUUAGCUCUAAUAAAGAAAUUUAAAAAAAAAUGU